AUGGCUCGCACCCUGGAAUGCUUCAACAAGAUAGAGUUUGAUGAGCGUUUGGGGUACAAACUCCCACGCAAAGGAUGCUUACCUGGAGCAAUUCUCAAACAUUGUUUUUCAACAAGUGAUGGUGUGAUAGCAAAGCAUGAACCGCUCAUCUACAAAUUUGGAUUUACACAUUGCCCCCACACCCGGUUUUACAACCAAAAAUUUGGGUAUGCUCAUGACUUGAAAGCUGGAUGGGAACACAUGCUUGUGCUCUAUGUGGCUUCGGAAACUGUGUCAACAUCUUUCGUGGAAGCUGCAUUGAUUCAACGGUACAAAGGAGAAACUGGAUGUCGCAAUAUCAAAGAUGGAGGAGAUAACGUCCCGUUUUCCAUUGAUGGACCGUUGCUGGCUAAGAUCGCUGAUGAAAAGAACAAAGUCAGGGACCUGUGCGCAGAAUUGCUGACCUUGGAGAACCAGCAGAAGCAUUUGGUCAAGGAGGCCAAGAAGACCAAGCCAGUGAAACCACCCAAAAAGACCCGUGAUGGUCGUCCUAAGGGUGCUAAGGCACCCAAGGGAGACAAGAAGCCAAAGGCUACACCAGCUCCAUCUGCUGAGGCCUCGGAAGUGCCGCACAAGGAGCAUUGCACCGAGAUCAUCAAAUUUGCAAAAGAUUCCUGUGCUGAUGACCGUGAUGAUGGCUAUGUUGCUCCCCGGUGCCCUUUGCUAUCAACCCUGAGCGGGGUCAACCUUAGGAAACAGGCCUCGCAAUGCAUUCCCCUUUAUUUGCAUGGCGACGAGGGCACCACGUACAAAAGGAACAUUUACCAGGAUGCUCACCAUCAUCACCCCAAAGGUAACUUCGGCAAACCUGGUACGAUCCUACAGGCGAGCUCCAAAGCAUCCAACGGAUGCGACAGGGGCUGGGAUAUGAGGGAUGCAGAAGCUGCUAUGUCAAAAUCGCAUGUGGAACCUCUACCUCUACCCUGGGAGCGGGAGGCUGCAUUUACACGGUUGCUGUUGAAGGAUUCAGCGCCAAAUGGGGCUGCAAGGUUCCAUAAGCCUGACCUUUGGCACACCUUUCACCUUGGUGUCGGAAAGAGUUGGGUUGCUUCUUCAUUGCUGUUGCUUUCAAUUGUCUUUGCCGGAAACAGUAUCGAUGCUCGCUUUGACAAGAUGAACCUGGAAUUUCUGUCAUGGGCCCGGGCUGAAAAGGAGUACAAGUUCAUUUCCAAAGUGGACAAGUUUCUCUGUGGUGGGGGUGGAUCUAAUGAAGCCAUUGAAUCGUGGAGCAAAGCUGCAGUUACCACGCUGCUGUGCUUGUUCCUUGAACACCUGUGCAAGAUGCACCCUGUUUUGGUACAUGCUGAUGAGUGCUUGCGGCUCAUUGAAGUGGGCACGAUCAACGUGAACCAUGCCUUGCGUCUUCUCUAUGCCUCUGAUUGUUGGUUGGAGCGGGGCACAGCACUUGAACUAGCUGAUGGUUUGCUACAAUUUAUCAGGGCAUAUUGCAAACUGGCACACAUACAUGUUCAAAAGUGCCAAGCUCGAUUUGCAAUGCUUCCAAAAUUACAUUCUUUACAUGAAAUCCAAUUUGAGCUACGCCGACAGGCGGCACUGUCCAGGUGGGUCCUUAACCCGGCUGUUGAAACAUGCAGCACGGAUGAAGAUUUUGUUGGGAGGUGUGCGUUGCUUACACGCAGUGUAAGUGCACGCACAUGUGCUUUGAGAUCCAUACAAAGGUACUUGGCACAAAUUAACAUUUCUUGGGGAUGA